GUCAGUGAGCUAACCAGAGAGAGAGGAACUAAAAGAUGGCUCACCAUCCCAAUGCCCUUCUUGGAUCCUUGUUCAUCACCAUUCUAAUAGCAUGCGGGGCUAAGUUAUAUGCAAGUGCAAAGACCUUCACCAUAGUAAAUGAGUGCAAGGAGACAAUAUGGCCUGGCAUAACACACAGUGAAAACUUCACUGGCAGUGGUUUUACAUUGAAGCAAGGCCAGUCUACAGUUUAUACCGCUCCAGCUGACUGGAACGGUCGAAUAUGGGCUCGAACUGGCUGCAGUUUUGACCAGAAUGGCAAUGGCAAAUGCCAAACAGGUAGCUGCGGCACUACCAUCAACUGUACAGGCCCCGGCAGCCCACCUGCCUCAAUUGCCGAAUUUACACUCGGCCAGGAUAUUGAUUACUAUGAUGUUAGCCUGGUGGAUGGCUUUAAUUUGCCUGUAAUUGUUAAACCUACUAACAAUGGUAAAGGCAAUUGCAGCACUGCUGGUUGUGAUAGAGACUUGAGGCAGAGCUGCCCGUCAGAGCUCGCGGCUAAGGCCGAAGGAAAAGUCAUUGCUUGCCGGAGUGCGUGCAACGUGUUCAACACCGACGAAUACUGCUGUAGAGGGACAUUUGGAAACCCUCAGACGUGUCUACCUACUAAUUAUUCAAGGAGUUUUAAACAAGCUUGCCCUGCAGCAUAUAGUUUUGCAUAUGAUGACCGUACCAGUAUUAUAACAUGCUCUGGUGCAGACUUCAUUGUCACCUUCUGCGCAUCAAGGAACCAAACGGUGUGCUCUUAUCAUGAUAAGCAGCAUGUUUGCAAUGGAUCAAAGGAAUUAAAAGCACUCUCUCAAAGAUGGUGGUCAUUGAUACUCGCAUUCCCCUUGAUUCUCAGUUUCCAGUCUAUGUUUUAGCAGAUUCUUCACAGUUCGUACUUUGUAGCUGUAUUUAUUUCAUAUUAUUUACUCCGG